AUGCCCUCCUCAGCUACCGCUUUCUACUCUGACGAUGAGUCCGACUAUGAAGAUGAUGACUCUCUUGUCGAAAAUGAAGAUACUCGUGGCUAUGAUUCUCCAGGUGAAGGUCAAGAAAAUUCCGCCGGCAGUGACGACCGCCAACGGACAGCUAGUUCGACGCCGCAUCAAGAAUGCACUCGCAAGCUUAAGGUUAACCUGAAGGCUAGUGGGGACAUUGCUGAAUGCGUGGUACGAGUUCUGGAGUUCAUGGAUUCUGAAGACAUCAAUCUCCCUCUCUUCCUCUGGGCUCUGAGUUGGAAUCCAGCAAUACCGGAAUUGAUCUCAAACGGCAAGGCGAGGUAUGCGAGAACAUCACUGAUGGUUAGCGAGGAGCUCCCGAUGAUUCUUCGGCAUUGGUACCGGCCGCCUAGGACUCACGGCACCGGUGUUCGCAUCAAAGCGGGAGGCGCAGUAUUCCAGGAGUUCGCACUGGAGAUAGUCAAUGAAAGAGUACAGUCAGACAUGCGCACUGAAGCCAGUGAUGCGCUCGCCUCAGGGAGAGCUGUCUGA